UUUAGCAGUCCUUUGACCGGUUCUUUCCUAUCUUAUGAUGGAGUAUAUAUUGUAACCAGAUUAUUACUCUUCCUUUAAAAUAUCUGUGUUGAUUCCUUUGCAAGUAAUCCGCUUUACAGCCAUGGAAAACAUGAAGAAUCCAUGGAUGAAACUUUCCGUACUACUCUUUAUCUGGUUUUUCAACAGCCAAAUCUCCUUUGGAGCAGACACCAUCACUGCAAAUCAAUCUCUCUCCGGUGAUCAAACUAUUGUUUCAUCGGGUGGGAACUUCGUGCUGGGAUUCUUCACACCAGGUAACUCUUCCAACUACUACAUAGGCAUCUGGUACGGUAAGAUCCCUGAGCGGACCCCAGUUUGGGUAGCCAACAGAGAGACACCUGUGAAUGAUAUUCACUCUUCAGAACUAAAAAUAUCUGAUGAUGGUAACUUAGUUUUGAUCAACGGAUCCCAAGUGGAAAUUUGGUCCACCAAUAUUAGCUCAAGCAACUCAAGUUCUGUAGUUGCGAUCCUUGAAGAUGGAGGUAAUCUUGUUUUAAGAGAUGGUCCGACUUCAUCGGCGCCUUUGUGGCAAAGUUUAGAUCAUCCGGCGCACACAUGGCUUCCUGGUGGCAAGCUUAGCUUAGAUAAACGAACCAAUCGAAGCCAGCUUCUUACAUCAUGGAAGAAUUCAGAAGAUCCUGCUCCGGGUCUCUUCUCUCUCGAGCUAGAUCCCGCCGGAACCAAUUCGUAUAUUAUUCGAUGGAACCGGACCAGGCAGUACUGGUCGAGUGGACCUUGGGAUGAACAGUCGAGGAUUUUCAGAGACGUUCCGGAAAUGCGAUUGAAUUAUCUCUACAAUUUCAGCUUCCAUUCGGACGAGAACGAGAGUUAUUUUACUUAUUCGCUUUAUAAUAACGAGACCACAUCACGAUUCAUUAUGCAUUAUUCGGGGCAGAUUCAGCAACAGUCAUGGUUGGAUAGUAGCCAGCUGUGGAAUUUGUUCUGGUCGAUGCCGAGACAACAAUGCCAGGUUUAUGCUUUUUGUGGGGCUUUUGGAAGAUGCAAUGAGAUUGGUUUACCUUUCUGUAGUUGUCUGAGAGGUUUCCAUCCCAAAUGGGAAACCAAUUGGAAUCUGAGCGAUUUUUCCGAUGGGUGUGAGAGGACAACCAGGCUGCAAUGCGAGGAGGAUCCCAACCUUGUUACUGGAAGGACCGAUAAAUUCCUGGAAAGCCCCAAUGUAAAAUUGCCUGAAAGUGCUCAGUCUAUGAGCGUUGGGAGCCUGUUGGAAUGUGAAAGCGCUUGCCUCGAGUAUUGCAAUUGCACUGCUUAUGCUUAUGAUAGUGAUGGGUGUCGAAUUUGGAGGACAGAACUCUUGGAUCUGCAACAAUAUUCGGGAGAUACUAGCGAUGGAAGAACUAUAUAUAUCCGAUUAGCGGCAUCAGAGUUUCCGAGUUCGAGCAACAAUACUGGGAUCAUUAUUGGAGCAGUUGCAGGGGGGGUUGGUUUACUCCUAUGCCUUGUGAUAUUUGCCAUCUUGAGAUGGAGGAGGUGGAGAAUGAUAAAUCCGAAAGUUGAAGGUUCGCUUCUAGCUUUCGUAUAUCGAGAUUUACAGAGUGCAACGAGGAAUUUUUCUGAAAAACUUGGGGAAGGAGGCUUUGGUUCUGUUUUCAAAGGAACGUUGCCGGACUCAAGUAUCGUAGCUGUGAAGCAGCUUGAGAGCAUAAGUCAGGGAGAAAAGCAGUUUCGGUCGGAGGUGAGCACCAUCGGGACGAUUCAACAUGUUAAUCUAGUCCGGCUUCGUGGAUUCUGCUCCGAUGGUACGAGGAAGUUGUUGGUCUACGAUUACAUGCCGAAUGGUUCUUUGGAUGCCCAUCUGUUCCUUGAAGAUAAAUCUAAACCCCUAGCUUGGAAAACAAGGUACCAGGUUGCACUCGGUACGGCUAGAGGCUUGACUUAUCUUCACGAGAAAUGCAGAGAUUGUAUUAUUCAUUGUGACAUCAAGCCGGAGAACAUUCUUUUGGACGCCGAAUUCUGGCCCAAAGUAGCAGAUUUUGGCUUGGCAAAGCUCAUCGGUCGGGAGUUCAGCAGGGUCCUAACAACUAUGAGAGGCACAAGAGGCUAUCUUGCACCGGAGUGGAUUUCGGGAGUCGCCGUUACAGCUAAAGCCGAUGUCUACAGCUAUGGGAUGAUGCUGUUUGAGAUUGUAUCGGGUAGGAGAAACUCGGAACAGAAUGAAGAAGGAAAGGUUAGAUUCUUUCCAACUUCAGCUGCUCGCGUAAUAGCCCAAGACGGCGAUGUCCUUAGCCUAUUAGACCCCCGAUUGAACGGAGAUGCUCCCGUCUACGAGCUAUCGAGAAUAUGUAAAGUGGCUUGUUGGUGUGUCCAAGACGAUGAAACUCACAGGCCAUCAAUGAGUCAGGUGGUUCAGAUCCUAGAGGGUGUUUUGGAGGUGAACGUGCCUCCGGUUCCAAGGUCCCUACAAGUGCUCGCCGACAACUCGGAGCAUAUAAUCUUCUUCACAGAGUCAUCCUCAAGCCCGAGUUCACAAAGACCGAGCAACGCUUCAAAUGCGUCUUCUCAAACUAAGAGCAACACAUCAUCGACGAGUUCAUGAAUCUCGAACAGCAUUGUCUU